UGUAUGUUCAGAUCAAGCUAAAAUGAUCUGGAGUUUAUUUGAAGGAAAACCAGGGAAGACAGACAUCAAAUCUCACAUUCACCAACAUGCGCAGAGUGAUUGAAUGAAUCAGACUUUUGCUCAACGGAAGAUGAAUGUGUUUGACUUCACCCUCAUCUGUGCAUUUAUUCAACUGGGUUAUCAAAACCCACUGAGUUCUUGGACUCUCAAGCCAAACGUUCUGGUUGUGGAGGUAAAUGGUGCGUUGAGCCAACAAGCCCUCAAGUGCUUGCACUCAGCAGAGGAAGUAAUGAGAGGCGAUGACAAGGAUAUAUUGUGGAAGAAGAACGGCGCAGAGGAAGCACAGAGGGGUAAUUCAUACCUGGUGCAGCUGGAAGAGAGUUUAGGAGGAGGCAACUACAGCUGCUACAGCAAGGACGGUUCUCUCCUCAAUCACACUCUCGUCCUGAUUCAAGAGGACAACCGCAACUCAGAUGAAAGAAAGAUUCUAGUGAAAAGUGACCUAGGGGAUUAUUUAAAGUGCUCAACUAAAAAUUUCGAGGGAGCGUUCCACUGCUCUUGGACCUGGGACACGCUUCGUGUUGGAAAAGUGGAACUUAUCAUGGCUAAACGAGUAAGGAGUUGUUCAGUGGACACCAGUGGUCAUCACUCGGCAUGCAAUUUCAGUUGCUCAGAGGACGGCACCGGACACGGGAUCUCCUGCGUGGACGAGCAGUACUGCCCCUAUGCUGAGGAGAACAGUCGCAUCAACAUCACGGUCUACGUGAGGACGGAUGAUUUCCUGGUGGAGAGCUACGAAAAACACUUCUUUCUGUCCGAAAUAGUGAAACCUGACAAAGUGAAAAUACGUAGAGUCAACACUACGACGAUCGAAUGGACUUACCCAAGCUCCUGGAGCAGCCCCUACUCUUACUUCCCCCUGACGUUCCAAGUUUUAGAGCGUGGGUGCAAAACAUGUGACAAACCCUGCAAUGAGUCAAAGAACAUAAUGGUGCACUCCUUGAGCACUUGUCAGUUUGAGGUCAAGCACAAGUCUAGGACUGUCUGUGUCCGAGCCAAGGAUGCUCUCUGCCACUCACAAUGGAGCGAAUGGAGCCACCUAAGUAUAGAAUGAGGAAGAGGAGGAAAAACAAAAAGCGACAGCGUACCAGCCUUUAAAGCAGAGAAUGUGUGUAGUACAUAAAAGUACACUGGACCUCCCUAUUAUAUUUAUCACCUCCAUUGUAUUUAUUACAUAUCCUAUAUAU